CGCCGCGCAGGCGGAAGCGCGCGCGCCGGCCCGAGCCCGGUGCCUGCAGUGCCCCAGCCAUGGAGAAGUGGAGCCUGAUGACUCUGACGGUGCUGCUGGCACUCACCGUGCGCUGGGCUGUGUCCCUGGGCUCCUACUCAGGGGCAGGAAAACCACCCAUGUACGGAGACUACGAGGCUCAGAGGCACUGGCAAGAAAUCACCUACAACUUACCCAUCAGGCAGUGGUACUUCAAUACAAGUGACAACAACCUGCAGUACUGGGGCCUCGAUUACCCACCUCUCACUGCCUAUCACAGUUUUGUGUGUGCUUACAUUGCAAAGUUAAUAAAUCCUGAUUGGGUUGCUCUGCACACAUCUCGGGGCUAUGAGAGCCAGCCCCAUAAGUUAUUUAUGCGUACAACAGUGUUUGUUGCUGAUUUGCUGGUUUAUAUCCCUGCAGUUAUUUUAUAUUGUUUUUCCUUGAAAGAAACAUCUGCUAAAAAAAAGGUUUCCAGUGCUCUCUGCAUCCUGCUUUACCCAGGUCUCAUCCUUAUCGACCAUGGGCACUUCCAAUACAACUCAGUGAGCCUUGGCUUGGCCCUGUGGGCUGUCCUUUGUUUGUCCCAUGACUGGGACCUACUGGGCUCUGUGGCAUUUUGCUUGGCCUUAAAUUACAAGCAAAUGGAGCUCUACCAUUCCCUGCCCUUUUUUUGCUAUUUACUUGGAAAGUGCUUCAAGAAGGGGCUGAAAGGAAAGGGGUUGGUGCUGUUGGCUAAACUGGCAGGGACAGUGCUGGUGUCCUUCGUUGCCUGCUGGCUCCCGUUCGGCACCGACGUGGAACAAAUCAUGCAAGAUAAAGUAGCCAAUAUUUGGUGCAGUUUAAGUGUCCUUAUAAAGAUAAAGAAUGUAAUAUCCCCUCGAACUCAGCUAAAACUCAGUUUUGCUGUAACAUUCCUGAGCCUGCUCCCUGCCUGUAUCAAGCUCACUGUCCAGCCUUCCCUGCGAGGGUUUAAAUUUGCCUUGGUCAGCUGUGCCUUGUCAUUUUUCCUGUUCUCCUUUCAAGUCCAUGAAAAAUCUAUUCUUCUCGUGUCAGUCCCAGUCUGCUUAAUCAUAAAUGAAAUCCCCUUCAUGGCCACAUGGUUUCUACUUGUGUCAACUUUCAGCCUGCUGCCCCUGCUGCUGAAGGACGAGCUGCUGCUGCCCUACGCCGUCACCACGCCCGCCUUCCUGGCCGUGUGCCUGGCCUCCUUCUCCAUCCUGGAGAAGACCUCGGCCGAGGACCUACAGCUCAAGGCCUUUUCCCUUUCCCUCAAGGGCUACGUGUCCUGGUUUAAGUCCUUUCCCAGGAUUGUCAAGAGCCUGUUCCUGCUGUCCCUGUCGCUGAUGGGAGUCCUGUCAGUGCUCGGUGCUGCGGUGCCUCCUCCCCAGCGCCUGCCGGAUUUGUUCCCCCUGGCCGUGGCCGUGGUUUCCUGCCUGCACUUCCUGCUCUUCCUGGUGUAUUUUAAUGUUGUGAUACUCUGGGACUCCAAGAAUAGAGGGCAGAAGAAAAUCAGUUAAUGAAGCUGAAGCUGCAGGACUGGGAGUGCGCAGUGAGAGGUGCCAGCACUGCAGAAGAGCCUGUGUGUGAUGGACACAACUCAAGGAAAGCCAGGAAAAACCUUUUGCUUAUUUAAACACAAAACAAUCAAAGACUGUUUUAAAGAAUAAGUAUUUUGAAGAGCAUUGGGAAUGGGAUUUGAUUUGUUUUCUUUGGAAGGGUCAUACUUUUGUUACCAUUUGUAAACCUAAAAUGCCUAAUAAAGGACCAAAUUUUGAAUUAAUGCUAAA